GGGGCCCCGGGGGGAUUGGUACCCCCCGGAUAAGGGUCGCGGCCCUCAGCGGGCGUUGCUGCGCACCCCUGCCCGUCACCCCAGCCCGUCAGGCUUGUAACAUAGCAGGGAGACGCGGUUUGGCGAUGCUCCUGUCAUGUGCAGGAUGCGACAAACCGAUAAUGGAUCAGUACCUGCUGAACGUUUUGGACCGUGCAUGGCACGUCGAGUGCGUGCGCUGCUUCGACUGCAGAAUCACGCUGCAGGACAAGUGCUUCUCGAGGGAAGCGAAGCUCUUCUGCAGGAACGACUUCUUCAGGCGAUACGGCACCAAGUGCGGCGGUUGCCUCCAAGGGAUAAACCCGCAGGAUCUCGUGAGGAAGGCGAGGGACAAGGUUUUCCACCUGAAUUGCUUCACCUGCCUGGUGUGUCGGAAGCAGAUGAGCACCGGCGAGGAGCUCUAUGUCCUGGACGACAACAAGUUCGUCUGCAAGCAGGACUACCUGUCGGGCAAGCCGCUGCCAGACACGCAUCACGUGCACGGUCAUCACGAACCGUCCAACCUGUCGGCAGGCGGCGACUCGCUGAUGGGCUCAGGAUCGGAAGACGAGGACGAGGACGGUAGUGCCCACCAUCAUCAUCACGAUCCGGCGGUCCGCGGCACUCACCUAGGGCCCCACAACAUAGGACCGGGUGGUCCGGGCGACCAGACCGUCGGCCACGGUGGCGAACUACCUCUCGGGAGCGAUCCCUGCAAGCAGGAGGACUCCGAGGAUCAAGGUUCCCUGGACGGCGAUCCCGAGACGAGGGACAGCCAGACGGAGAACAAGAGCCCGGACGGCGGCGCCGGCGGUGGCAGCGGCGACGGCGGUGCCGGCUCGAAGCGACGCGGCCCGCGAACGACUAUAAAGGCAAAGCAACUGGAGAUCCUGAAGUCAGCCUUCUCGUCGACUCCGAAGCCCACCAGGCAUAUCAGGGAGCAGUUGGCGAAGGAGACCGGCUUGCCCAUGAGAGUCAUACAGGUCUGGUUCCAGAACAAGAGGAGCAAGGAGCGCAGGCUGAAGCAGUUGACGUCGAUGGGCAGGAACCCCUUCUUCGCAGGCUCGCGCAAGAUGCGCGGCUUCCCGUUGAACUUGAACCCGGGCGCGCUCGGCGGCGAGGACGGCCCGCCGCCCGGCUUUCCCUACUUCGGCACGGACAAGUUCGAAUUCGGCUACGGAGGCCCGGUGGCCUUCCACCACGAGUUCUUCGGCGCGCACCCGCCCCCGCACCCGCACGGGCCGCACUUCGCUGGCACGGGAAAUCCAGUACGUAAUCUGUUUCUGACAGGCCUGGACCCGGCCAGUUUAGCGGGCAUGGCAGCGGCAGUGGCGGUGGCAGGGGAGUACCCACCUCCGGGCGCGGGGGGCGGCCCUCCGGAUUUUCUCACGGGGCCCCCCGGGCAGGGGCCCCCUGCGCCCACCGGCGGCAGCCCCGGCGAGUUCCUAGCACCUUCAGAUCUGGCGGAGAUCGCAGCCACCCGGGAGGUGCAGUUUCGGUGGAUGCAGAUGCCGUACCGGGGGGAGCCGGUUCGGGCCGAGCAGGAUCGUCUCUCGACGGCAGGUUCAUAAACUUGCCGUACUCCUCCACUGAGCCCUUUCGGGAUCGGAAACUGGGACAUAGAUGUCAAAAUAAAAACUAACACUCUCGUGUCCGCUUCUCUUGUUUAGCUCUCACAUCUAAUCGAUGAUGUUGCAACUUUCGUCCCAGGCUUGUAACAGAGCGUUGUUGAUGAAGAACAAAGAUUUUAGUCGACGGAUCUAUUAGAUUCUUGCGCGUUAUAAUAAAGCGAUGCGAUUUACAUAACUUGUAAAUUUUUUAUAUGAUAGCGCCGGCUGUAUUUUCUGUUGCUCUAACGAAAAGGUAAUACAGUAAUGUAUUUACUAGAAAGAAAAAGAAAGAAACAAAUUUCGCGACUAUUAUUUCGCUUGUGUAAUUAUAUUAGAAAAAUAUCAAACACUUUUCUCUCGGUCGACAAAGUUUUACACGCAUGUACUUGUGUUGUCUGUCGAAUUAUGCUACUUGAAAUAAUCCAAUGUUUACCUCA